UGCCAGAGAUUAAUUUCAAAAUUAAAGUAAUGAUUGAGUCAAUAUUUCUUAUUUUGAAAGGUAGGCUACUGCAAGAAGGAGCUCUUAAACUUGCUGCUGAUGAUAAAUUAGGGCUCUUAUUUUGACAUGAGUGUCAGGUAUCAGAGAUAAAAAUAAAUGCAGCUCAGACCUAAACUUCAGACGGACAUGUUUCUGUCUGUUAUUAUUUCUGCUUUGCUCUUUUGUUGUCUUGUUCAAGUCAUCAUGUCCAAAAACAAACUGACCUCUGUGGAUUUUGAGAUUUUUGGGAAAGUGCAGGGUGUUUGCUUCAGAAUGUACACGGAGGAUCAGGGUCAGUCUCUGGGUCUAAGCGGUUGGGUGAAGAACACCAAACAGGGUACCGUGAUUGGACAAAUCCAGGGACCACCUGAUCAAGUCCAUGACAUGAAACUAUGGCUGACGAAUGUUGGCAGUCCGAGCUCUCGGAUCGAUCGAACCGUCUUCUCCAACCAGAGAGACAUUUCUAAACUGGAGAUCCACGGCUUCUCCACCCGCUACUGAGCAUGCUCAGUUGAUCAGAGAGUUGAUCCCAAUUGAUAGUAGCACAAGAACAAUAAUUAAUCCAGAGAAAUUGAUGGACAAUUUAACAUUUCUAUAAUAAAAAAAUAGAUCAAACAGAAAUUAAAUGUUUGAAAAUAAACAAAAACAAUGUUCUGAAAUGUUACCUUCUCCUUUAAUGAUAAUAAAGUGAACUGUUCCUU